AUGGAGGAUGUCAAGGUCGUCACAAAGAUCGCAGCUGAUGGCUUGUCCGCGGAGCAAAAACAGCGCCUACACGAGGUAGCCGAUGAGCUAGCUAGCAUCUACAAGACACUCGUAGACAUGCGCUAUAUCCAUCCUAACGCACUGAAUCUCGGACCGCACGAGCUCGAUGAUAAAUCGCUUGCCGGGUACGAGAAAUGCGGUCUGGACCCUGCCAUCAUCUACCUUUACAGCAUCAUGCCGUACAUCGACGAGAUAGAAACCGACGCCCGGGACUUUUUCCAAGGGGGCGCCUUCUUCAACCAGACAAGCAUUCGAGACGUGCAGCGAGGCAGAGACCCGCGCUAUCUGUCGCCUCAGGGCGGCUCCGACGAUGAAGAGGGCCAAUACAUGUACCCGUGGUACACACCAUUGUCGAACUGCGGUAAUCAUUCACCCAUAAUCAUCUACGAUGCAAGAGAACAUCGCAUCUGGAUAGUUGACCAGAUCGAGGGGAACACUACCGAUCCGGCGUAUUGCAAGGGUUGGUAUGGAGAAUCCGACGGCGCAAAAGACGAGGAGAGCAAUUGGGGCGACAGUGGCUCUAGCGAUUGGAGUGGCGCUAGUAGUGGCGAAGACUUAAUGGACUUCAGUGACGGUGCUUCAGAAGGUAGCAGCGAGUUUUGGGACGAUGAGGAUGACCUCGGUGAAACUCGAGAAUGUGAUGCCAUGGUGGAAGAUCAAUCCGAAGUUAUCGAAUACGACGAAGGCUUCGAACACGUGGAAGAGCUACAAGAGUGGGAGCGUCAGGAGGCCGCAGCGGUCAAGAAUCGCAACAGUUUAGAGCCCGUUCGAAGCCGACCAGCCGGCGACGUUCUACGAGACAUCAACAGCUUGUAUCGCGCACUGAAGGAAUUGCCGGGCCAAGGUGAAUACAACAGUGGCUGGAUGGAGCCGGCUGUUCUCAAGCCAUUGUAUCUAAAGAAUGGCUGGCCAGAUAAUUUCAACGGUGAUCAGUUCGAGGUAGAUGUGGCUCGCGCAUAUGCUACCGAAAGAGCGCGUUACGAUGCAGAGGGACCCUUGAGGGAAGUAAAGUGCUACGAGGGCUGGUCGGAACACUCAGACCGUGACGUCGAAGAACACAAGAAGGAGAUAUCCGAAGCGCAAACACCAGACGAUGAAUGGAUGGCCCGCUUCAAGCUUUGGAAGGCACAAGAGAGGUCUGAAAGGAACGAAAGGGAUCUCAGGAACGCGAAGAAAAAGGCCGAAGACAUGUGUCCAGAUGGUAUCUGUCAAAAAGACGAGGACCUGCCAUUGUGGCAGUUGGAAAAGCUCAGAGUCGAAACACAAUGGAAACAAGAGAGCGUGAAGCGAACUGACCAUGUGAACUUAGCUGAUCAAUUCAAGGACAACCCGGACCAGAUACGAAGCAUGGAGGCCUCACACCGUCGUGCUCAGCGGCAAUUGGAUGUUUACGACCAGGCUUUCGCGGCCUCGAAGGCUGAAGCAGAGCGCCUGUGUCCCGGUAGAACUUUUCAGGAGGCUACCGGUAUCAAGUCUCUAGGUCGGCGAGACACGCUCGCUUCGAUUGCGUCGCAGAGAGAGGUUAUUGAAUACUACGAGCGCUAUAUUCAAUGCGUCCGCGACUUUGCGGAAACGGUGCCUCAAGAUGCACCUGUGGCCGUUGCUGCGGUCGAGAAUGAGAUAAAAGAGAUUGAGAAGCCGCUCAAAAGCUCCAGGGAAGGGCUAAAACGCACUGAGACAUGGCUGGCUGAGCAUGGGAAUACGGAUUAG